CAGUCGACUGCUCUGAUGUGAUUGGUUACUCAGGUGGAAGUGUCCUUGUGUUCUCUGAUAUAAACUGGUACAAACACAAUAGUAAAUAUAUCUGCAAAGUGAAUGAAAAAGGCUGCACUGAUAUAAUACGUGUUGACACCAAACGCCACCAAGUUCAAGAAGGAAGAUUCAAGUUGUAUUCAAACACAAACAAACAGUUCUUAGUAUUGAUCAGAAAGCUGAAGCCACAAGAUGCUGGAAUGUAUAGAUUUGGACUGGGGGAUCAGAGCAACUUGACCAUGAACCUAAAAAUUUAUAAUAAUACAUUUUCUGGGUUGCCAAAAAUAAUAAACGCUUAUCUUGGGCAGAAUAUUACCAUCACCUGUAACUAUCCAGGGGAGUAUGAGAGAAACACCAAAUAUGUCGACACAGUGGAUGAUGACAUUAAAAUUAAAUCAAUUCUUGAUACUAACACGAAAUUUCAGAACGGCAGAUUCUCUAUUUCUGAUGACAGAAGUGCUAAAGUUCUCAGUGUGAACAUCAGCGACGUGAGAGAAACUGAUGAAGGAUUUUAUUUAUUUAAUUUGUGGAAUGGAAAAGGAUCAGUCAGUUAUUACAUCUACUUUACACAGGUGUGGCUACAUGUUACAGAACUGAGCACAAAAAUUCCCACAACAACAACAACAAAAACAACAACAGACACCGACCUGAUGACCUCAGCAGCACUGAUAGAAACUCCAUCUGCAGUGUGUUCCACUUCCUCUAUCAUCAUCAUCAUCAUCAUCAGUGUGUGUGUUUUUGAGACUCUGCUGCUGAUCGGAGGAUGUGGGCUAAUGAUCUACAAAGUGAGACAGAAGAGAACACAAGAAAAUACAGCAUUCAAGAGUAAAGAGAAUAAACAACUUACUCCUGAUUAUAACACAGAUUCAGCUUCUGUGUAUGAAAACAUCAAAAUGAGUGCAAUUUAAAACUGCACCAGAGAAAGAAUCAGUCAGAACCUCCUGCUCGAGCUGCUGAACUCUGUUGUGCUUAAUGUUGUGAGUUGCAUCGUAGUGGCUCAAAUCUCAA